AUGGUCGAAGCCGGAUCCAGGUAUAAGAACUUGGAGAAGUCACUCGGCAAAGGAGCAAUAUUUGUCCUGGGAUGCAAGACUUCUGAGACCAUCUGGACAAGGACUCUGCCCAAGAAAGGACAAAUCUUCGAAGGUGUCAUCAAACACCUGAAGAGUAACGAGAUCGGCAGACUUGCAGGCGACGCUAAGUUUGCACGAUUGCGUGAGACUCUCAUUGGUGAUAGGAUGGCAUUCUUUCGCCGAACUAUGCAUGAGUAUACAUCAACAACAUUCCCUGACCUGUAUCUGACUGAGGCGGAUAGUUUCAUGAAUUGGCAAUGA